AUGAGGUUGGCGAAACAAUGCGUGCCGCGGGAUAGUAAGAUCGUCGCCACAGCUAAACACAAUGAAAGACACCACGAAAGCAUAGAAGGAACCAUAAAAUAUGAUAUCAGAUACAUUUUUUGCGUACCAGAUAUUACGAUUUUGAAAGUUGCGGGUUCAUUGACUCCAUGGGCGCCUCUAGCGCUCCUGCAAUGCUUAGAUCGUAAUUUGAGUAAUGUGACGGGAGGUUUUAGGCUGGACUUCGUUGAGUCUGCUAGUAUGGGCCUGACGUUUGGCAUGGCAUACCAGUCUCUUAUUGACAGGCUGGAGAUUAAGCAGAACGAAAACGUUGGUAUUCUGAUUAUCAAUGGCGGAGGUGGAGUUGGAAGCGCUGCCAUCCAAAUCGCCAGGAAGGUUCUGCAGCUCCCCGUGGUGAUUGCAACUGCAUCCCGACCUGAGACCAUGGACUCAUGCAGAAUGGGUGCCACCCAUGUGGUGAACCAUAGGGAAGAUCUCGAAUCCCAAAUCAAAGCCUUGAAUCUGGAUGUCCCAAUCAAAUACGUUUAUGUGGUCGCAAGGACGGAGCAAUAUAUCCACGUCCUAGGCAAGAUCUGUGCACCCUUCGCCAAAGUUUGCUCCAUCGUGCAAGCCAAGUUCGAUCUCUACGGGACGGAGUUCAUGUCGAAGUCCAUGACCUUCUCUUGGAACUGGCUGGGCACGGCAGCUUAUCAUCGUACAAUAUUGGAGAACUAUCAACGAGCUUUCGAGGCGUUGGCCCAUUACGUAGACGAGGGGAAGCUGGUACCUAACCUUAAUAAGCGUCUCAAGUUGAAUGUUGCUGGAUUGAAGGAAGCUCAUCGGUUGAUCGAGUCUGCGACCACCGUGGGAAAGAUUGCUCUUGGGGUGGAUGAACCUGGCGAGGCGCUCCAUUUUCCUGAAAAGGGUUGCUCCCCAUAA